CAGCAGCAGCAGCAGCAGCAGCAGCAGCAGCAUCCAUUACAGCAGCAGCAAAACAACACUAAUGCACAUGCAACAGCCACCGCUAUAGGUAACCUAGCGGCAAUUACUGCCAAUAUCAGUAACUUAUUACAUUCAGGCGGUUUCCACCGUAAUUCAUUCAGUCAGGAAGAUACCCAGAAAUUAGCUGCUGCUGUAGCAGUGGCACGUAGCAAUAGUAUCAGUCAACAAGGUCAAUUACCAGUACAGGAGCAACAACGUCGUAAAAGCUCAAUGAAUUUGAUGGGAAAUGCUUUUUCGAAUAUGAUUGAUCAAGCAGCUAUGAUGUUGGGAAGGAAUAAAAGUUUUGGAAGUGAAGGAGGAAAAGUGCCCCCACAGCAGCACCAUCAGCCUUAUUAUACUAAUUCAUCGCUAAAAGCCAACAACCUUACCCAUUUCUAUUCAUCGCCGCAACAACAGCAACAACAGCCACAUUCUGUGAAUCAUCAAUCUCUUCUUAGUAUACCAUUACAGCCUCAACAACGCCCGCCGGCGCAGAAAGAUGUCAAACCUACAUUGAAAGUGAAUAAUGAUCAAGUAUGGAAGUCGAUAGAAGGAACAAAGGAAUCCUUUCUAGGCUUUUAUCUGUAUUCACCGCAAUUUUUGCUGCCAAACCUAGAACGCAAUGUGAAUGGCAUCAUAGAGAUUCGAGUACCUGCGAAAUAUCUCACUUAUGGAAAUGUUAAAGUGAAAAAGAGAGCAUUAUGGGGAACCGAAAUAUAUACGGAUGAUUCGGAUAUAGUAGCAAUGGCUAUUCAUUCUGGUAAAUUUGAACCUCAGUUUAUUGAGUCAACGUUGGAUACGGAAGAUCCAUUUGUGUUAGCCGUGUCUGGUAAAUACAAAGAAUCCUGUAAAGCAGCCAAGAAGCUGGCUCUUCGUGGCAAAAAAUACAUCAAUCGCAACAAUCGGCUUUUCCCUGACUUUGAUCUGAAAGUCACUGUACGCGUUUUACCAACACUACAACACUAUGCAAGCUCUGUACGACAUAAGAUAAAAUCACGAGAAUGGAGAAAACAUGAUGGAAUGAGCCUUUUUGUGACCAAAGUCGAAAAAAUAAAGCGAGGAGAAGCUCAGUUGAGAGGACGCAUUGGACUUAAAUCAAAUCAUCAUCAUAAAAGUCCUCGGAAACAAUUGUUUGAAUGUGAUGACUGUAAAAAAGUCCAGCCCGAGGAAAAAACGAAUAUAGCAUCUUCAAUGACAAGUAUACCUGAUUCUGUCGGCUCGAUCGUAAGGUAUCGAAGAACGGAGAAAGGUCGUGUAAAAAAGCCUCCUAGAGUGCUACGGGUAUCUCAAAUAAAGCACUAAAAACGUCAGAUCAAAGACGUUGUAAUGAACCCAAGCCACCUAAUGCCUUGUACCUCUCUAUGUCUAUUACAAAUACUAGAUUGUCGUUUGAACUGAAUUAAAGAGUGAAGUAAUGAAA